AUGGAACGAAUAAGGUGUUGCUGGGGGAGACGGCUGUGGCGACUUCAGCGUGGUGAUUUAGCCUGUAGCAUCAGUACCGGUAAUAUUGCUGAUGAUGAUGAUGGUGGUGGUGGUGGUGGCGGCGGCGGUGAUAAUGAUGAUGAUGAUGAUGAGGAUGAUGAUGAUGAGGAUGAGGAUGGCGAUAAUGGUGGUGAUGCUGGUGGUGCUGAUGAUGGUGAUGGUGAUGGUGAUGAUGAUGAUGAUGAUGAUGAUGAUGAUGAUGAUGAUGAUGAUGAUGAUGAUGAUGAUGAUGAUGAUGAUGAUGAUGAUGAUGAUGAUGAUGAUGAUGAUGAUGAUGAUGAUGAUGAUGAUGAUGAUGAUGAUGAUGAUGAUGAUGAUGAUAGUGGUGACGAUGGUGAUCGUGGUGAUGGUGACGGUAAUGGUGGUGGUGAUUGCAGAAGGUUCCACGAAAACUUUUCUCAACGCCUACCGACAACUAUGUGA